GCGAGCAAGACAGUAGUUAUACAGUCAAAGCGUUACCAUAUUGAUGUCAAAGAAAACAGAAGGGGGAAGUUUAUUAAGAUAACAGAGGUGAGUCCAAUUGGGAAGAACCGACUGAAAAUGUCAAUGUCUGCUGCCAGUGAUUUUAGAAGUCAUCUUGAGUCGUUCUGUGAGUACUAUGUUAAGUUGCCUCCAAGUGACCCGGAUAACUUACCAGAAGACGGGAUGCUUAAAAGUGAAAUGGUCAUGAAGGAGAAUAGACGUUACUACCUUGAUCUCAAAGAAAAUGAUAGAGGACGCUUUUUACGAGUGUCGCAG